UCGCCAAUAGCCUGCCAGAUGCGGCCCUAGGGGGGAGGGCCCUCCCUCCCAGGCGGGCGGGGAAGGCCGCGGUUAUCGAUCCCGCUGCUGGAGGGAGGCGGCGGUGAAGCAGCAGAGAAAAUGGCGGCUAUGGCUGCGGAGGCGGCAGCGACUGCAGCGGUGCCGGGCGAUGGGGGGGCCGGCGAAGCUGAGCCCGAGAUGGAGCCUCUGCCAGGCAGCGAGGCCGGCGCGGACCCUCUCCCUGCCGUCACCGAGGCCGUCGAGUCGGUGGUGCCUGAUGGGGAGGAGGCCGACGGGGGGAAGGUUGCUCCCGGCGAGGCCGAGCAGCUGCCGCCGCCGCCCGCGCAGCUCGCCCGCAGCCCGGCCGGGCCUCGGGAGCCGGGAGCCGAGGGGACGGCGACGGAGAAGCUGCCGCCCUGCGCGGCGGAGGUGGGCUCGCCGCAGGCCGAGCACCGGCGAGCGCCCAGCCCGGAGUGCGAGGAGGAGCCGCAGCCCUGCCCGCCGCCUGCUGGGCACCCUGAACUUCCCGAGGAGGAGCCGCAGCCCUGCCCGCCGGCUACUGGGGGCUCCGCGAAGCCGGAGCCCGGGGAGGAGCCGUGCCGGCCGGAGGAGGAGGAGCCGGAUGCUGCUGAUGCCGCCGCUGUGGAGCCGGAGUGCCCGGUGCCCGCGGCUGCGGCCGGCGAGGAGGCGGCGGCGGCGGCCCCGCUGCUGCCGGGCUCCGAGGUGCGGGUCACCCUGGAUCACAUCAUCGAGGACGCCCUGGUGGUCUCGUUCCGGCUGGGAGAGAAGCUUUUCUCGGGGGUCCUCAUGGACCUCUCUAAAAGGUUUGGACCCCAUGGAAUCCCUGUGACUAUAUUUCCUAAAAGGGAAUACAAGGAUAAACCUGAAGCCAUGCAGCUCCAAAGUAAACCAUUCCAAGAUGAGGCACAAGUGAAGUGUGAAUCUAAUGCUGCAGUCCCUGAUGACUCUUCUCCCAUGCAGCCAUCAGAACCUAGCUUAGCUAAAAGCCUAUGGACUUCUAAACCACCUCCUCUCUUUCAUGAGGGAGCACCAUAUCCUCCCCCUUUGUUUAUCAGGGACACCUAUAACCAGUCAAUACCUCAGCCUCCACCCCGAAAAAUUAAGCGGCCCAAGCGUAAAAUGUACAGGGAGGAACCCACUUCUAUUAUGAAUGCUAUCAAGCUACGACCCAGGCAGGUCUUGUGUGACAAAUGCAAAAACAGUGUUGUUGCAGAAAAAAAGGAAAUUAAAAAAGGUGGCAAUGCAAGUGACUCUUCAAAAUAUGACGAUAAUAAAAAACGAAGAAAUGAGAGUGUGACUACUGUGAAUAAAAAACUUAAGACUGACCAUAAAGUGGAUGGAAAAAGCCAAAAUGAAAGCCAGAAAAGGAAUGCUGUAGUCAAGGUUUCAAAUAUUGCUCACAGCAGAAGCAGAGUAGUUAAAGUUUCUGCACAAGCAAAUACUUCGAAAGCGCAGUUAAAUACAAAAAAAGUUCUCCAGAGCAAAAACAUGGAUCAUGCAAAAGCUCGGGAAGUCUUGAAAAUGGCCAAAGAAAAGGCACAAAAGAAGCAGAGUGCAACCUCCUCUUCCAAAAAUGCACAUUCGAAGGUCCACUUCACACGGCGUCUUCAGAACACCAGCUCAGGUUCCCUCCCACCCCGAUUGCGUUUAAAGCCACAAAGAUAUCGAAAUGAAGAAAAUGACUCUUCUCUCAAGACAGGACUUGAGAAAAUACGGAGUGGCAAGAUGGCAACUAAGCCCCAGUCUCGCUGCUCCUCCACCCGCUCAGCAGGUGAGGCCCCUUCAGAAAAUCAGAGCCCCUCAAAAGGCCCUGAAGAGGCCAGCAGUGAGGUUCAGGACACAAGUCAAGUGCAUGUAACUGUUGAUCAGGAUGAACACCAGACAUUGGGCAAGAGAGGCAGCAAAAGCAAUAUAACGGUUUAUAUGACCCUUAAUCAAAAGAAAUCUGACUCUUCCAGUGCAUCAGUUUGUAGUAGUGAUAGCACAGAUGAUUUGAAAUCUACCAACUCUGAGUGUAGCUCUACUGAAAGCUUUGAUUUUCCUCCAGGCAGCAUGCAUGCACCUUCCUCCUCCUCCUCCUCCUCCUCCUCCUCAAAGGAAGAGAAAAAGCUCAGUAAUUCCUUGAAAAUGAAAGUCUUUUCCAAAAACGUCUCUAAAUGUGUCACACCAGAUGGCAGGACCAUAUGUGUAGGGGACAUUGUUUGGGCCAAGAUUUAUGGCUUCCCUUGGUGGCCAGCCCGUAUUCUUACCAUAACUGUGAGCCGGAAAGAUAAUGGCCUUUUAGUUCGACAGGAGGCUCGUAUAUCGUGGUUUGGGUCCCCAACAACAUCUUUUCUUGCUCUUUCACAACUAUCCCCCUUUUUAGAAAACUUCCAGUUGCGCUUUAAUAAGAAGAGAAAGGGCCUUUACCGCAAGGCCAUCACAGAGGCAGCUAAGGCUGCUAAGCAGCUGACUCCCGAAGUUCGGGCCCUGCUGACACAGUUUGAAACGUGAACAUGGAAAGUAAGGUAGGCAAGAAAUCUGAAGGCUCCACAAAAUUCAUAGCCUAGUUAAAGAACUACCAUGAAGGACUUACCAAGUCAGAAGUUGCACUCGGUUGACUGCUGUUUUUAUACUAAAAUUGUUCCAUUUGUAGCGGUUUAUUGAAAGUUAAACAAAUUGAACAUGCAAUCAUAAUUAGCCUAAAGUAAGAAUUUCAGUAUUUUUCAAGUGAGUUGGUUUUUGUUUUUGUUUUAUUUUUAUUUUUUAUUUUAUUUUAUUUUUUUAAUUCCUCGAACAUCCAAUGCAUAGGAGCCAUAGCCUCAGCUGAAAGGCAGCUUAUUUGCAGGGAAUUUUUUUAGUAGUUUCUACCCAGUAUGUACCUAGUUGCUGUGUGGCAAAGGGUUAACACAAGGGAUGAAAGUAGUAGCUGUGAUAUUUUAUUUUAUUUUAUUUUAUUGUGGCCCAUCAGGGAAGUAUAGAAAUGUAAGCCUUGUCUAAAUGGUCUUUAAACAUUAUUUCAAAUAGUUUCUAAUGUAUUUAGUCUGGCCGGUGCAAGUGGGUCCAAAGCAUGUGUAAACAUGUUAAGACAACAAGCUCCAGUCCAUGAGGGCCAGUUUAAAUGACAUUAAAAGACUUAAAUUUUUAAGGAAGAAAAAUUCAUGUAAUUUAAAGACCAGAUUAAAUGGGGUUUUAUCUUAGUGACCACUUCUUAAACACUCAGCCUUUCUAUGCACAUGGGGGCACAACCAUAACACUUCAGGGUCUGAGAAGCUGAGAGGGAUGCCUGUAGCUCUAAGACAAAGCUGAGAAGUUGCUCAGUGUUUGGGAUCAAGGGCUGUUAAUGCUGCAUAGAUGUGAAUCAUAACUUCUGGUCUUUCUUCCUGAAGAAAUCUUUCAGGCCAUUUGCCUGGAGGUUUAGAUUGAGAGAGGCUUUGUUUUUGAAUGUGUAAAUAAUUGAUUGCUUAAAUUGGUCAGAUUUUCUCCUGACUGGUUGUUCCUAAAUUUUUAGGAUACGUCCUAAUAAAUUACACUUUGUGAAUUGUCAGAUGUGUAAUUGUUGCAUUUUGGAUGUGUCUAACUCUUUUUUUUUUCUUUUUUUUUUUUUUCUUUUUUAAUA